AACACAUACGCCAGCUUCCUCUGAUAAAGGAACAACAUUGCUCUCACCUUCGUUUUUAAAAACGCCAUCCAAACACUCCCACCAUACCAUUUCAAUUCCAGGAAAAUGGCUCUUCAAUCUCUAAUCUCCAUCCUAUUCCUCUCCUUCAUCUCCUCCUCUUCUCUCCUUCUAGCUCAACAGCCAUACACAAGAGCUACAACAGCCGACUGCGGAAACGCUGACAAAUCGAGCUCUGUUCUUGGCUACACAUGCAAUGGCCAAACACCCACUUGCCAAUCCUAUCUAAUUUUCAGGUCCCAACCUCCAUACAACACUCCAUCUUCAAUCUCAUCCCUUUUAUCAUCAGACCCAUCUCAGCUUUCCUCAAUUAAUUCGUUUUCCGACAACGAAACAAUCCAAACAAACAAGCAAGUCAUCGUUCCAGUGAAUUGUUCUUGUUCAGGUCAGUACUCUCAGUACAAUUCAUCUUACUCCAUUAAAUCAGGAGAUUCCUAUCUGAUUGUUGCAAACGAUACAUACCAAGGCCUUUCGACAUGCCAAGCUUUACAGGCUCAGAACAGAUAUUCGCCGACAGAGUUGAUUGUUGGCAUGGAGAUUAGAGUCCCUCUAAGGUGUGCUUGUCCUACUAGAAAUCAAAGUAGUGAGGGUGUGAAAUAUCUGUUGAGUUAUGUAGUGAAUUGGGGUGAUGAUGUUCCUAUUGUAAGCCAGAGGUUUGGUGUAAGCAUGCAAAACUGUCUAGAUGCAAAUGGGCUUUCCCUGACGGAUUCGACUAUCCAUCCUUUCACAACUUUUCUUAUUCCACUGCAGAAUCCUCCUAACAUUUCUAUGACUAUAGUGCCGCCGCCCCCUUCGCCGCCGCCUCCUCUGCCUCCUUCCCCUACAUCUGGAAAUGGCUCAAAAAAGACAUGGGUUUUUGUUGUUAUUUCCAUUGCGGCGGUCAGUUUGGUGUUGAUUGCGUCUAUUAUAUCAUUUUGCAUCUAUUGUAGGAGGAAGAAACAUGUCCCAAUUCGUUCUGUUGUGGAAUUGGACAAGGAUGAGAAGCCAUGCCAGAAGUCGGCAGUCCCUGAGGAGCUUCUUGUGGGCAUUUCUGACAUCGGACAUGUACUGAAAGUGUAUAAAUUUGAAGAGCUGGAAUUGGCGACGGAGAAUUUCAGCUCUAGGAUCGAAGGGUCUGUUUAUCGCGGGGUUAUGAAGGGGGAUGUAGCUGCUAUAAAGAAGAUGAAUGGCGAUGCAUCGAAGGAAAUCGAGAUACUAAAACAGAUCAACCACUUCAACCUGAUCAGGUUAUCAGGCAUUUGCUUUGAUGGUGGACACUGGUAUCUUGUUUAUGAGUACGCUGAAAAUGGGCCACUAAGUGAUUGGAUCUACAAUAGAAGUGGCUCAAAGGUUUUGAGCUGGACGCAGCGGGUGCAGAUUGCAUUCGACGUGGCCAGUGGUCUGAACUAUCUUCACAGCUUCACAGAACCUGCCCAUGUGCACAAGGAUAUAAAGAGCAGCAACAUUCUUUUGGAUGGAGAUUUCAGGGCUAAGAUUGCUAAUUUUAGUAGUAUGAGAUCAGUGGAAGGGCAGGAAGGAAGGUUUGAUCUAACAAGGCACAUUGUCGGGACGAAAGGUUAUAUGGCGCCUGAGUAUUUGGAGAACGGUUUGAUUUCUCCGAAGCUUGAUGUGUAUGCAUUUGGGGUUGUGAUGCUGGAGAUGAUUACAGGAAGAGAGGCUGUUGUCAGAUGGGCUGGGGGAGAUUUGAUGCCAUCAGAGGCCUUAAUAGCCCUCCUUGGUGAAGGAAAUGCAAAAGAGAAGCUUACUGAAUUUAUUGAUCCUGCUCUGGAAGGGAAUUACCCGUUAGAUUUGGCUCUGAAUGUGGCCAGAUUGAUCGAAUGGUGCUUAAAGAAGGAAGCAGCAAUCCGGCCGAACAUGGACGAAAUUGAGAGGUCUCUUUCGAUGACUCUGUCUACUUCUCUGACUUGGGAAUUAUCAAAUAGCUCAACCAAAUUCCCAAGUUUCGAAACCGAUACAGAAAUGUGACGCAGGGCGACUUGCUCAAAUUGUAACUGUCAGAGAGAGAGAGAGAGUAUAAAUUUCUGUUAGAGCUAUGAAAACGAUUUCUGAUUGUUUAGUUGAAAACAGGCGGUAGGGUGUCAUUUUUACAUUUUAUUUAUUUUCAGAAUCUUACCACUAUUUUGGUGUUUGAACUAUGAAUGCAUCGCAUAUUCAUUUAAGCUGUCAUUACUUUUAAUGGGAUUCUGAUUUUCCUUUGCA